CCGUGCAGUGCGCCGAGGCAUGGCGGCUCUGCGAGUGCUGGAGCUGUACAGCGGCAUCGGGGGGAUGCACCAGGCCCUGAAAGAAAGCUGUGUAUGUGCAGAAGUUGUUGCUGCUGUGGAUGUGAACACUCUUGCCAAUGAAGUUUAUAAGCACAACUUUCCCAGCACACCAUUAUGGGCAAAGACAAUUGAGGGCAUUACACUGAAAGAAUUUGACAGAUUAUCUUUUGAUAUGAUUUUGAUGAGUCCUCCCUGCCAGCCAUUUACAAGAAUUGGCCUACAAGGUGAUGUAUCUGAUCCGAGGACAAAGAGCUUUCUUUAUAUUCUUGAUAUUCUCCCAAGGCUCCAGAAGCUUCCAAAAUACCUACUUUUAGAAAACGUUAAAGGAUUUGAAUCCUCUUCUGCAAGAAAUGAACUUCUGCGAACACUAGAAACAUGUGGAUUUAAAUAUCAAGAAUUUCUCUUGUCUCCAACCUGUCUUGGCAUUCCCAAUUCUAGGCUGCGGUAUUUUCUAAUUGCAAAGCUUCACCACGAGCCGUUUUUCUUUCAUGUUCCUGGUCAGAUAUUGACAGGAUUCCCAGAUCAGAAUCUAGAAGAGUUAUCCAAGGAUGAAGUUGUUGACGCAGCUAGUUCUUCCUUGCCUUCUGGAGAGAAGAGUCUACUUUCAAACACUGGUUCUGAUUGCAGCAGCAAGAAUGGACCCUUGCCAAAAGAGUCCUUUCUUUUUAAGCUUGAAACAGUAGAAGAAAUGGUAAGGAAGCAUAGUCAAGACAAUGAUCCCUCUAUUCAAAUGUUACAAGAUUUCCUGGAAGAUGAGAAUGAAGAAAUGAGUCAGUAUUUUUUAGCACCCAAGUCCUUGCUACGCUACGCUUUCUUGUUAGACAUUGUUAAACCCACUUGCCGGAGAUCCACAUGCUUUACAAAAGGGUAUGGGCACUAUGUAGAAGGGACAGGCUCCGUUCUGCAGACAGCAGUAGAUGUGCAGCUUGAAUCAGUGUUUAAGCACAUUGAGAACUUAACAGAAGAAGAGAAGCUUAUGAAACUGUCAACGCUAAAACUGAGGUAUUUUACUCCAAGAGAAAUAGCAAAUCUGCAUGGAUUCCCUCCAGAAUUUGGCUUUCCUGACAAAGUAUCAAUAAAGCAAUGCUACCGUCUUCUGGGAAACAGCCUCAACGUACACGUGGUGGCAAAGUUGAUCUCCAUUCUACUCGGAUCAUUUAGAACCUGAAUCGGAUGACUGUGGAUUGGUGACAGAAAAUACUUCAGUCUUUCACGAGCAAGCUGGUGGCAGCCUAACAAACAUCAGAACUAACUAAAAUAUAUGUCCAGAUAUUUUGCUAAACAGUUCUGAUAUGUUUAAAUACCUUUCACUCACAGUGGAUUUGCACUCCAGAUGUCUUUUAUUGAAAUGGAAGUUUCCAGGAAUUAAUUGCUCCUUUUAGAUAUUGGUUUUGCUUUGCAAAUGAAAAACAGCAGAAAUAAUUAAAUAUGUAUGUAAAUAAAAAUGGAGAAAACAGUUUUAUCUGAAAGCUGUUCUCAAUACAAUAUAAAAAGGCUGUAAAUGUCAAAGCUGCAAAGACAAGUUUCCGUGUGUAAAAUGCUUUCAUUUGUAAAUAACAGCAAUCCAUUCCAAACAGAUUUAGUGUAUAUAUGAUCUAAUUACUUUUUUAAAAUCUAAUGAAAGUGUUAAACUCAGUAUUUUACGUAGACUUUUUAAGAAAACCCGUUGUCAUCUGUAGUUUAGGUUUGUCUGAUCCUGUCUAAAUGCUUUCAGGUUCUGGAACUCAAGUGUGUCUGUUCUGUAUGAUUUGUUCAGCUGAAUAAAAAUAUUUCAAGGUUAUCAUAA